UGGUGCUACAGAAAUAAGCCGUGUCUAAUUUUAUUACAUAAAAAAUUAACUAUUUCAGAAUUUGAACAAUUACAUAAUUUAGAAGAUAAGUUAUUUUUUUAUUUUAUAAAAGAAGAAUCAUCCAUUUUGUCCUCAAAGUCAUGUUCAAGACGAAUGCAAAACCAGACACAAGUAAAAAGAGCUCAUAUGAAGCAUUCACCGAAAAACAAAUAGCUGAAGCAUUCGAAGUUUUUGACGAAGAUAGGAAAGGAAGAGCGAAGCUUAAGCAUUUAGGUAGCAUUAUCAGAGCCAUGGGAAGAGUUCCAACACAAUCGGAAUUAGAGGAUAUGGGUUUAGAAAUUGAAGAUCAAGAAUAUCCUGGUUACUUCAGACUGGAAAAACUUCUUCCACCUUUGACUAAAAUUUUAAUGAAAGACGAGUGGAAACCAGCAUCGAAAGAAGAAAUAAUUAAAGCAUUCAGGGUUUUAGAUUCUGAUCGUAAAGGGUAUCUUGAGGUAGAACAGUUACGAAAACUUUUCCUGCAGCACGGAGACAAAUUUCCAGCGGAUGCGAUUGAAAAAUUUUUGGGAAAUGCACCAAAGGAUUCUUCCGGCAAAAUUAAUUAUAAAGACUUCAGCGAACUUCUUGUUGUGCCUCAUGUUUUCGAUAUUGCAGAAAAUCGGAGAGAGAUCAGAGAAAAAUUAGUUGAUGAUAGAUACAGAAUGUGCUAA